UUUUUACACUUGACUAUGUUAGUUACACUUCCGAAAAGAAGGAGUCCAAGCGGCAAAGUAGGAGCAGCAGAGGCUUGCUCAAAGAUGACAGCUGUUGCUAUCUCUCCUGCUUCUCAUGGAAUUAUUCAAGUAGUUAACGAAAGUAAUUUACUUAAAAUAGAAAGUUUUCUCAAUGACACUGCAUACAGGGAAGCCAUUGAAAACUCGUCGAAUUAUAACAGUCGAUUAUGCAGAGAAAGGAGGUUACGUAUGCCCUUUCUGGACUCACAGACGGGUGUAGCGCAGAAUCAUUCUACGCUUUUCAUGUCCUCGAGAGAAAGGCUACCGGGAUUAUUACACGGACAAAUUUAUACAUAUCCAAGCAAACGAUGGAGGAAAAAGAGGCGUCAAUAUUUAAUGCAUUAUUUACAUCCAAAACGUGGACCGAGAGGUGACACAGAAGAUGGAUCUGAAGGUGUAGAGACUAUAACACAUGUCAAUGAUGAUAGUAAAGAAUCAGUUGGACUUAAAGAUGAACAUAGUAAAGAUGCAUGGUAUUAUGAUGAACAAGACAUGUUGGAUAUGGAUGCAUAUGAAGAACCUGAUCCAGAUAGUGAUUAUGAUUAUGAAGAAAGUUACAGUAGUAAAAGGAAAAGGAGAAAACACAGAGGUGGUGGUCAUCAUCCUGCCAGAAGUCAUCCACCAACCACGGAUAGUCCUGGGACCAAACGUACAAAGGGUGGGGGACGUGGCCGUAAGAAAACUAACUAUGAUGCUGUUGACUCCGAUAAGCCAUUCGUUUGUGACCUAUGCAGCGCACGGUAUAAAACCAGACCUGGUCUGGUCUACCAUUAUGGUCAUUCCCACUCUACUUCCUCUGGUGAUCCUGCUAAGGAACUAAGUCCCAGUCCUGCCGAAGUUGAACCUAGGAGCGUUGCAGACACCGCUGCUUCGAACCAGCCAGGUGGUACACGUCGGGGUCGUCAGAACACUACUACCUCGAGUACCUCGAGUCCCUCUCCCGCAGCACCAGCUGCCCCUGCUGCGGGAGCCACAACGCAGCCGCAACAACCAGCACAGUUGCCACCAGCUCAGACGCCCAUCGCACCAACAUCGCCUACUAUACCACCACCUAAGGAAGAUCAUCUACCAGCAGUAUCAUCUCCUGGUGGUACCGCUGUACCUUCUCCUUCCUCAGUUAGACCCGAGGGUGGACCACCAACGCCUGGACCUGCUGAGAAAAAGCCUGGAAAAUCCGCGCAACCCUCUCCCUACUGUGACUUUUGUUUGGGCGAUGCAAGAGAGAAUAAAAAAACUGGUGGAUCAGAGGAAUUGGUCUCUUGCAGUGAUUGCGGUCGCUCAGGGCAUCCAACAUGUUUGCAAUUCACUGCGAACAUGAUCGUUUCUGUUCGCAAGUACAGGUGGCAGUGUAUCGAAUGCAAAUGUUGCUCCAUAUGUGGCACUUCUGACAACGACGAUCAGCUGCUGUUCUGUGACGACUGUGAUCGUGGAUACCACAUGUAUUGUCUGUCUCCACCUCUCGCAUCUCCUCCUGAGGGCUCCUGGUCUUGCCGUCUGUGCAUAGCAGAAUUUCAUCGCCGUGAUUAAGUCUGAUAUCGUAGAUAAGUCACGCGGUUCUCUAUCUAUCGCUGUUGUUGUGGUGGUGCGACUACGGUUGUCCUUUGAAUUAGGAGAGUAUUAUUUAGAUACAAACCACCCCCUCUCCUAUCCUCUCCUCUCACCCUCUCUCCCACUCCACUACACCUGACUCUCAAUCGCUCCCACCCAUAUUUCCACUUCCAUCCCCUCCCCCAUCCUACCCCAUACUGUAUCUACUAUCCUAUCCUCGUACUCGAUUCCAUUUCCAUAUGUAUAGUAUUAUCGUAGAUUUCAACGAUUUAUAUAUCCCCAUCAUCCAAGAAUUCUUAUCAAUUCUCAUUGAAACAACAAAAUAAGAGAGAUUUUAAUUCCUAUAACGAGAUAUGUAUAUCUAAACGUUUGCCAUUCUUUUAUUUUAUUUUAUUUUUUUUUAUUUUUUUUUUUUUUUUUUAUUAUAAUUUUUUUUUUUAUUUUUUUUUUUUUAACUGUAUUUAUAAGAAAGAACAAUUAGAGAAAGAGAAUUUUAUACGUAGCUUCGUUGUUUAUUAGAAAUACAUCUCUCAGGCACUGCUGGAUCUCAGAAAGCUAAAAAUGUAAUAAGUGUAUUUAUGGUUUCUUUUUUGUUUUUUGUUUUUUUUUUGCUUUUUUGGAUUUUUUUUUUUUUUUUUUUUUUUUUUUUUUUUUUUUUUUUUUUUUAUAAGGUAGCUCUUACAAAUAGUUAUAUAAGCUUCUCUCAUAAAACAGACCGUGCAAACAAAGGUCCUACAAGAAAACGGACAAAGAGAUUAAUUGUUUUAAGUGAAAUAAAGGGAGGGGAAUAUAUAUAUAUAUAUAUACAUAUAUGUAUGUAUGUAUAUUUCUAUCCAAAUAUUUCGACUUAAAAUAAUACAUGAAAAUAUGACAAAUGUAUUUUUUUUAAUCGUUUUUAGAACUCGAACACAUAUAUAAUAGACUCUAUAUAUAUUGAAUGCUGUAACAAAAUGACAUGAAUUAGUUUUAAGUAAAAUGAUGAUUAAUAGAACGAUGCUCUCCUAGUUCUGGAUCAAUCUAUAUUUAGCCACUGACACUUAAUAUGUUUGGUUGCUUUUACAAUUUUAAACGAAACGAAACGAAAUGAAACGAAACGAAACGAAACGAAACUAAACUAAACUAAACUAAACUAAACUAAACUAAACUAAAUGAAAUGAAAUGAAAUGAAAUGAAAUGAAAUGAAAUGAAAUGAAACAAGAAAAAGAAAAAAAAGAAGAAGAAGAACAAACCAAGAUAAUAUUUAAAAAUUCAACAAAACUUUUUGGUGAUCUCAAAUUUUCAUACUAACUCUUAGCUCCUCGCUAUUAACUUGGAUACAUUAAAUCCAAGUAUCAUGGAAGAUGCAAAAGUAAAAGUAAAGCAAAGCAAAGUAAUUGAAAAAAAAAAAAAAAAAAAAAUCAAUGAUAUUCUAGAAAGGAAAAAAAAAA